AGUUUCCGCACUUUCUGUGCAGAAUCAGUGAAGAAGAGAAGACUUCUCCUACCUCCCUUUUUAGCUAUUAUCAGAGAUUGUUGGAGUGCAAUCACUACACAUCCUAUAAUUUCUUAAUUACUCGGGAUUAUAUGAUGCUUGUUCCACGGAGCUGCGAGUCAUGGGAACAUUUCGGCAUAAACAGUUUAGGGUUCGCUGGAAGCUUUUUUGUGAGGAGCGAAGAAAUGCUACACAAACUAAAGGAAAUUGGUCCGUUGAAAGUGCUCCAGAAUGUAGCUGUUAAGGAUACUUAAUGUAU